AUGGCAUCAUCACCAGAACUCCUCCAUGAUUUCCCACCUUUUCUACAAGUAUACAACGACGGCCGGAUCGAACGCCUGAUCACCACCCCCCGCCUCCCACCAUCAACCGACCCCAUCACCGGUGUUCAGUCCAAAGACGUAGUAAUCUCAUCUGACCACGAAACCAAAUCCCGUAUCUUUCUCCCAAAACUCAACCCUCAAGAUCCACCAAAAAAGCUUCCGCUCAUCAUCUACAUCCACGGCGGCGGAUUUUGCAUCGGAUCACCGGUGAACAUCGUGACUCACAGCUUCCUCACGCCGCUAGUCUCCCAAACCCCAGCUGUCGCCAUCGCCGUUGGUUACAGGCUUGCCCCGGAAAACCCUCUACCCACCGCCUACCAUGACUGCUGGGCUGCAUUCCAGUGGAUCGCCGCUCAUUCAACCGGGUCAGGACCCGACCCGUGGAUCAACGAUUACGUGGAUACAAGUCGGGUUUUCUUGGUGGGUGAGAGUGCUGGGGCGAACUUGGCCCAUUUUGUUACGGUUCAAGCCGGAGUCAGUAAACCCGGUUUGGAUAUCCAGGGUUUGAUCGCAUUGCAUCCGUAUUUCUCUGAGAAAGAACCCGACAAGAUGAUACAGUAUUUGUAUCCGGGUAGUUCUUCGUCGGAUGAUGACCCGAAACUCAACCCACGUUCAGAUCCGGAUCUUGAGAAAAUGGGUUGCUCGAGGGUGUUCAUAAUGGUUGCCGAAAAGGAUUUUUUGAAACAAAGAGGGAUAGAUUAUAUGGAGACAUUAAAGAAGAGUAAAUGGGAAGGAAGUGUGGAGUUUGUGGAGAAUGAAGGAGAAGAUCAUUGUUUUUAUUUGUUUAACCCAAGAAGUGAAAAGGCUAAGGGAGUAAUUCAAAUGUUGAUUUCUUUUGUAAAUCAAGUAUAG